CACUGUUACCUUAAAUCUUGCACAAAAUCCUGUUGAAAGAUCCAUCACAUACAGUAGAAAAAUCGAAACUUUGGCUGCAAAUAUAUGGGUUUAAGAAGAAAAAAACAAAGUGGGGGUUUUUCUGUAGAACCUCAAAACAGUUUAUAUUUAAAUAUGAGUAGCAGUAGUUUAAUAGGAGGAAAAGUAUGUGAAGAAUUCACACCAGGGUAUUAUGGAAUUUGUACAAUUGGAGGUAUGCUUAGUGCUGGCACUACUCAUCUUGCUAUCACCCCUCUUGAUGUUCUCAAAGUUAAUAUGCAGGUGCACCCUAUCAAGUAUAGUAGCAUUUCCACGUGCUUUACGACUUUGUUGAGAGAACAAGGUCCAUCGGCCUUUUGGCGAGGAUGGACGGGGAAGUUUUUUGGCUAUGGUGUUCAGGGUGCUUGUAGAUUUGGUCUGUAUGAAUAUUUUAAGAAAGUUUACUCAAAUUUACGGGUGGAUCAGAACAAGAGUUUGGUAUUUUUCGUCAGCAGCGCAUCAGCUGAAGUAAUUGCUAAUGUGGCUCUCUGCCCAUUUGAGGCCAUUAAAGUUCGCGUGCAAGCUCAGCCUCAUUUCGCCAAAGGCCUCACUGACGGAUUCCCGAGAAUAUAUGCAUCAGAAGGCAUCCAUGGGUUAUACAGAGGGCUUAUUCCUCUACUGGGUCGUAAUCUACCAUUCUCAAUAGUUAUGUUCUCAACCUUUGAGCAUACAGUGAAUUUUCUUUAUCGAAAUAUAAUCCAGAAAAGGAAGGAACAGUGUUCAAGAGCUCAGCAGCUUGGCGUAACUUGUUUAGCUGGAUAUGCCGCUGGAUCUAUUGGUAGUAUUAUUUCGAACCCUGCUGACAACAUCGUGGCUUCUCUUAACAACAAGAAGGCCAGUAGCGUAAAGCUGGCUGUGAAGAAAAUUGGGUUUCUUAAUUUGUUUACGAGAAGUCUUCCGAUUAGGAUAAUGCUAGUUGGACCAGUGGUGACCUUGCAGUGGUUGUUCUAUGACACCAUUAAAAUAUUCAGUGGACUGCCAACCAGUGGACAUGUCAGCAAAGAUAUAGAGGAAGAUAAAAUGGCUGAAAGUCAUUCAAGAUGAAAGCUGCUUGGUUAACUGAUUUGGUAAAUAAGAUGAACGAGCAAUCCUCCAACUGUUUUUGGGAAAUGCUUGAGCAUUUACCAGCAAUUAAAUCGACAUACACUAACCCAUUUUUACCAGCAAUUUGCUUUAUUGCUAGCUGGUCGGCUGGUCCUAGAGUAUGAGACAGACUAUUUUGAGCUACCUCAAGAAGGUGAACCAUUUCUUUUUGCUAGACGUUCGCUCUUUCAUGCGCUAAAUUGUACAGUUUGCAGAAGUUGUCUUUGUUGCCCGGAUAAUUACUCAAUAAAGGAUUAAGAGAUUCCACCAGCUAUAAUUUUGUUCUGGCUGUUAGGUUUGUGAACUGCUCUGAUACCAUCAAAAACAUUAUUUACUGUUUUUGAGAUUA